AGGGCAGGAAGAGUGCCGUGAGGACGGAGCGUAUCCCGUCAGGUCAUCCUGAGCACACUUCACCAGUUAUCAGCUAUGGAGCUCACAUUGGUAUCGAUCUUAAUCGCUGCCAUCCCUGUGGCCUACUGCUAUCCCACUGCCUUCCAAGACCUGGGGGAAAGUAGCACAAACAGAACCUCCAUUAAGUUCUUGGCUGUAGGAGACUGGGGUGGAGUGCCUUAUCCACCCUAUAUCACCGCUGUGCAGAAGGCUACUGCUCGAGAAAUGAGCAAAGUAGCAGAGCAGAUGGGAGCUGACUUUGUUCUGGCCCUUGGCGAUAACUUCUACUACAAAGGUGUGGACAGUGUGGAUUCUCCUCGGUUUAAGGACACUUUUGAGUCUGUGUACACUGCAAAGUCUCUCAGAAUCCCCUGGUAUGUGCUUGCUGGUAAUCACGACCAUGCGGGGAACGUUAAAGCCCAGAUAGAUUACAGCCACAAAUCUGACAGAUGGAAAUUUCCCUCUUAUUAUUAUGAGCUGAAUUUCCACAUCCCCAACACUGGGAAGACCCUUACCAUCAUCAUGCUCGACACCAUAAUGCUGUGCGGCAACUCUGACGACUACGUGGAUGAGAAGCCCAGAGGUCCCCUGCGUGCGGUGGAUGCCAACCGUCAGCUAACCUGGCUGCAGGAGAGACUGGCUCGGUCCAAGGCGGACUUCCUGUUGGUGGCUGGCCACUACCCCGUGUGGUCCGUGUCUGAACACGGGCCCACAGAGUGUCUGCUGCAGAGGCUUCAUCCUCUGCUCCUCAAAUACAAGGCCACUGCCUACCUCUGUGGUCAUGACCACAACCUGCAGUACAUUGAGGAGUCUGGUAUAGGCUAUGUGGUGAGUGGUGCUGGAAACUUCCUGGAUCCCGACGUCCGUCACUGGAACCAUGUCCCCAAAGGUUCUGUGAAGUUCUUCACCGGCCAAGCUUCAACUCUCGGAGGCUUUGUCCAUGCAGAAGUCACAAAGAACAAGAUGAUUGUGACCUUCUUCCAGGCUAAGGGCACCUCUCUCUUUCGCACCGUCCUCUCUCAGAGGGAGUUUGAGUAGAUGAGCUAGCAGGAACAGUUGAGUUGUGAGUCACAUACAGUACCAGUCUGCAGUGUAGUUUGAGAUCAAAGUAAUGGCUGUUUAAUCCAGUGUUUUUAAACUUUGGCAUUAAUAUUUCAGUGUUUGAUAAUGUUUUAAAAGAGAAUCAUCUAGUUUUACAUGUAAAUUUAUUGUAUGAUAAAAGAAUAAAUGUGGUUUGUAAA